AAAAAGAAAGACAUGCGCAAGAAGACCGUCAGCUGUCAAGAUGGCGGUGAAUGUACACAAACGCUGAGUAAUACUGACACAAGGCGGCCGGUGCGUGCUUCUCCAGGCUUGAAUAAUGGCUCGCCGCUAUGACUCGAAGACCACCAUCUUCUCCCCCGAGGGUCGGCUGUACCAGGUGGAGUACGCCAUGGAGGCCAUCGGACACGCCGGAACCUGUCUUGGGAUUCUGGCCAAGGACGGCAUUGUGUUGGCCGCUGAGAAACGCAACACCAACAAACUCCUGGAUGACGUCUUCCUCUCUGACAAGAUAUACAAAAUUGAUGAGGACAUGGCAUGCUGUGUAGCCGGCAUCACCUCUGACGCCAACGUGCUGACCAACGAACUGCGCGCCAUUGCCCAGCGACACACACUUCAGUUCGGCGAGCCAAUCCCUUGCGAACAGCUUAUCAUGCGGCUGUGUGACAUCAAGCAGGCGUACACUCAGACUGGAGGCAAGCGUCCAUUUGGUGUGUCGAUCCUCUACAUGGGGUGGGACAACCGGCACGGCUACCAGCUGUACCAGAGCGACCCAUCCGGCAACUACUCCGGCUGGAAGGCAACCUGCAUUGGUAACAGUAGUACGGCAGCCGUGUCCAUCCUGAAGCAGGAGUACAAGGUUGGUGAGACAGACCUGCAUGAGGCACUGUUGCUGGCGCUGAAGGUGAUGAGCAAGACGCUGGACAUGACCAAGCUGAACGCCGAGAAGCUUGAGCUGGCCACGUUGGUGAGGAAGGCGGAGCAUACAGAGAUCAUUGUGAAGCCCGUGGAGGAGGUGAAGAAGCUGAUCAAGGAGCAUGAGGAGCGUGAGGCGGCGGCCGAGGCAUCCAAGCAAGACAAGUCCACCCCCAGUACAAGCAAGCCUAAAGCCUAGCCUAGCCUAGCCUUGUGAAGUGAAGUGAAGGUAAUAGUCUGUUUUCAAAAUCUGAGCCUGUUAUGGUUAUUGCAUCAAGUGCUGUACUGAUAUCCAAGGUGUCUUGUGGCAACUUUACCUUUUUUUUUUUUUUUUUUUUUUUUUUUUUUCCUUGUGAGAGAU